AAUUUUUAUUACAUAGACACACACAUAUGCACAUCGCACAUGUGUGAUUUUACUUUAUCUCUUGUUGAUUACAUGAAACUUCUUUUUCCUCGAGAAACGUACGUAUUAAUAAAUAAAUAUUUUUUCAGAAUAACUAUAUGCAUUAAAGCAUCAUGAAUAUUCAAUAUAUAAAGAAUAUAGAAAAUUCAACGUACAGUAAACAACAUAAUGGGCUUAUACAAUAUGGAACUUCUGGCUUUCGAACUAAAGCAGAUUAUUUAGAGCAUGUACUUUAUCGAAUGGGAGUUUUAGCUGUCCUUAGAUCCAAGAUAUGUAAUGCUGCAAUUGGAUUGAUGAUAACAGCUAGUCACAAUGUAGAAUCAGAUAAUGGCGUAAAAUUAGUUGAUCCUAAUGGUGAAAUGUUAGAAACAUCUUGGGAAACAAUAGCUAAUGAUUUAGCUAAUGCAAAUGAUACUGAUAUUAUAACUGUUAUUCAACGUAUUAUAAAUGAACUAAAAAUUGAUAUGUCUGUGAGUGCAACGGUAAUAACAGGCAGAGAUACAAGAAAAAGUAGUCCUAGUUUAUUAGAUGCUGCACUUGCAGGUAUCAGAGCUUUGAAUGGUAUUGUAAAAGAUUUUGGAAUUGUUACUACGCCUCAAUUACAUUAUCUUGUUGUUUGUACAAAUACUAAUGGCAAUUAUGGAGAACCAACAUUAAAAGGCUAUUAUACUAAAUUUUCGAACGCUUUUGAACGUAUGAGAAAAUACAGGAAUUCAUUUAAUAGUGACAAAUAUAUAGCAGAAUUACAAUUGGAUGCGGCAAAUGGUGUUGGUGCACUAGCUAUGAAAGAAUUUCAGAAAUAUAUAGGUUCUGCACUCAAAGUUAAUAUUUAUAAUGAUGGAAAUGGAGAAUUAAAUCACAUGUGUGGAGCUGACUAUGUUAAAAUACAACAAAAAAUACCAUUAAAUAUGCAACCCGAAGUAAAUGCUAGAUGUGCUUCCAUAGACGGAGAUGCAGAUAGAAUAGUUUAUUUUUAUGUAGAUGAAACUAAAAAAUUUCAUAUUCUUGAUGGAGAUCGUAUAGCUACUCUUGUAGCAGGUUAUAUCAAAGAGCUUCUUCAAGAAAGUUCUUUGCAAUUAAAUCUUGGCCUAGUUCAAACUGCAUAUGCUAAUGCAGGUUCAACUAAUUAUAUUUCACAAAAAUUGAAAGUUCCAGUUGCAUGUGUUUCAACAGGUGUAAAACAUUUGCACAGUAAAGCAACAGAAUUUGAUAUUGGUGUUUAUUUUGAAGCAAAUGGUCAUGGGACUGUGGUUUUCAAAAAAACAGCUAUCCAAUCUAUUUCAAAUGCUGCAGAAAAUACUAUGUUAAAAGAAAAUGAACGUACUGCUGCUGAAAAAUUAAUACAUAUUAUAAAUAUAAUCAAUCAGACUAUCGGUGAUGCCUUAAGCGAUAUGUUGUUAAUAGAAACUAUUUUAUAUGCCAAAGAAUGGAGUAUUAUUGAAUGGGAAAAAAGUUAUACAGAUCUACCAAAUAAACAAGUGAAAGUCAAAGUUAAGGACAGAAAUAUUAUUACAACGACUAAUGCAGAAAGACAGUGUGUUACACCAAUAGGAUUACAAGAUGAAAUUGAUAAAGUUGUAGCUAAGUAUUCAAAAGGAAGAAGCUUUAUCAGACCUUCUGGAACUGAGGACAUAGUACGUGUUUAUGCAGAAUGUGAAAAUCUAUCUGAUGUCGACAAAUUGGCCGCAGAAGUAUCUUCACUUGUUUAUAGAUUUGCUGGAGGUAUUGGACCAGAACCUACUUUGUGACGACACUGAUCUUUUCUUAAAUUUUAUGCUUUUAUUAAAUCUGCAUUUAGUCUUAUCACAGAGAAGACAACAAUUGUUUAUUUUUAAUAUUCGUGUAAACGAGAGAAAGAGAAAAAAUUUGGCGGCGAUUUAAGCCAAUUAAAAUCGAAAGAAAGAUAUAUGAUUUUUCACGAUCGGCCAAUCGUGUGAAAGCUUUCGGCUAUUUCGUGUAUGCUGCCAUCUCGUGUUAAAAACUUGAAUUAUUCGAUAUUCUUACAUCGGAAUCGAAUCUUAAUACUACAAAAAGUAGAUCGUAGCGUGUAUGCUUGUCGGUUCGACCAAAGAUUCGUACGGCAAUAACUGUUGUAAUCGUCAGACGCCAUUUUGUGCCUCGUUUCGCUAUAGAGCGUCACGAAAGUUUCAUCCUUUUUAUUUUAAUUUAAUUUCGCCAAAACGUCGCAAUUACAU